UUCCACAGAACUAAGCAGUGAAGUCCAGAAGACAAAAGAAGCCAAAAUCAAGCACAAGUUGAAGGAAAGGGAAGGGUUGGCAGAGAAGCCAGGCCAGACAGAAUGCAAGAAUUACUUCAGGUCAGGAGGACAACGUCAAAAUCGCUACGCUCCCCAAAAUCCCGGUGACAACGACUCAUUUUCCCCAAAUUCCGACGUUUCCCCAAAUCCCGGUAAUGACGGCGCCCUUCCCCAAAAUCCAGGUAAAGACGACAUCCUUCCCCCAAAUCACGGUGACACUGACUGCGAUCUUGCCACCCUUAGGGAGAUUCUGAGACAUAAGACUGCCCUCCUUGGUAUUAUUCGGAAACUUGACGCUGGCCUCUUUCGUAAUAUUCAAAAAAUCGACCCCGCCGUCCUCCGUGAGAUGCAGGCCGACCCUGCUGAAUGGGAUCCUGCCAUCAUUGAUGCAAUUUGUAAAUUGUCUUUGGAAGAAAAGGAUGAAAGUGAAGAAGAGGUCGAGGUUAGUUGUGGUGGGCCAGAAACUGAAAUCAGAAACGAGAAUAGAUACAAGACACAGAGCGAAGAGAGGGAUGGAGGAGGAGGAGAAAAUAAGAAUGAGAAUGGUGGUGAGGUGCAGAAGAAGGUUGAUGAAGAAAGAAGCAGAAGACAUCAUUAUCCAGUGAGGCCUCCUGGGGCUGGAGACUCUUCGCAUAACCUAAAGACUGGGACUCAUCAGUUUGGAUCCAAUUGCAAGUUUAACCUCACUCGUAGAAGCAAAAACAAUCAGGUUUCAAAGAACAAGAUGAAGGAAAGGGAAGGGUUGGCAGAGAAGCCAGGCAAGACAGAAUGCAAGGUUUCAAAGAACAAGAUGAAGGAAAGGGAAGGGUUGGCAGAGAAGCCAGGCAAGACAGAAUGCAAGGUUUCAAAGAACAAGAUGAAGGAAAAGGAAGGGUUGGCACAGAAGCCAGGCAAGACAGAAUUCAAGAAUUACUUCAGGUCAGGAGGACGUAAAUCCGGAAAUGCUUGUGCUUUAAACCCCAGAAGAGGGGAAGCUUCUGUAGCUCCAAUUCUAGAAAACUUUAUGGGCCUGCCAAUUCGUCCGGGGGAGAAAGACUGUUCCUGCUAUAUGCGAACUCUCUCCUGUAUGUACGGAACGAAGUGCAGGUUUAAUCACCCUGAUCCUACACCUGCAGGAGAAUCUGACCCCCCAUCUGGAAAUGGUAAUGGUGGACUUGCAUCAUUACAAGGUGCAUCGUCAGCAACAGCAGCACGAUGGUAUGCACCAAUAUCAUUGAACAAUGCUCCAAUUUAUGAGCCAAUAAUGAUUCCGCCAUCGCAAGAGUUUCCUUCGCAAAAUACAGAAUGGAAUGGUUAUCAGGCUCCAGAAAGAAGCAUGCCUGCACCUCCACCAUAUGUCAUGAACCACUCAGUGACUGAAACCAACACCUAUGAACAAUAUCCACAGCAGAAGCAAGUUCAAGAAUUCCCAGAGCGACCUGGGCAACCUGUUUGCUUGUACUUCUCAAGAUCAGGGGAUUGCAAGCAUAAAUCUAAUUGCAAAUAUCACCAUCCAAAAAAUCAGACUGCAGUGCCCCCCUCAUGUGACAAGGGCCUGCUUUUGAGACCAGGUCAGAACAUCUGCACACAAUACAGUGCGUAUGGCAUUUGCAAUUCUGGGCCAGCUUGUAAAUUUAACCAUCCGUCAUUAUGUUCUUCCCUUCUGUGACUAGACGACUACAAAUGGGGCAGGAACAUCCGAGAGUAUAAAUAGAACUGAUGCUACAAUCAGCCGCAGGCUGUGUAAAUAAGUUUGCAUGAAACGGCUUUUAGAGCACGUAUCUCUCUGUUAUGUAGUAACUUUUUCUCCCAGCGGCCACAGGCCUUUCAGUUUCGGAUGGGAGAACUUAAUGGAAACAGGGCAUGUAAAUAAUUUCGUAUUUAUGCAUGUUACCUGAAAAUCCAAGUUUAAAUAUCCUCUGAAUUCUAUGGUUACGGUCU